AUAGGGUUUCAGGGUUUAGGUUAAAACAUCUAUAAUGGCACUGUGCAUUGCCCAGAGCAAGACUCCACCCAUCUCAAGACCAUAAAACGCCGGAGGCACGUACCUGUGAUUUUAGAAGAGACUAAAGGACUCCUCUUUUGUUCAUGUUGACUAUUGUUCCAGAAGACUGAGGCCGACAUGGAGUACAUAGAAAAACGGCUGAGGCUGGACUUUCUAACCAACGCGUCGGAGAACGGUACCGUAGAAGAGAACCCAGUGAAGCUUCUGGAGAACCUGUCUGCCAUCAAAGCCAGGCACGCGGCGCUGUGUGCACAGGUGCAGGAGAUUGAGGCGGAGCAGAAGCAGUCCAUGGACUCGAUCAGGGCCCACCUCAGCACCACGGUGCAGCUGGUGCAGCAGCUCCAGCACACCGCAGACGAAGAGGUUCCGCCACUGACUGAGGCUGAACAGUUGUCAACCGAGUUCCUUGGUUUAACAGUCAAAGAAGACACUGCAGAGGUGCCCGUUUCAAUAGAGGUCCAAGCCCAAGAGCAGCCACAGUCUUCUAGCGAGUUUGAGGAGCUCAGCGAAACCACGCUGGAGGCGGUCCCGCGGAGCGUCCGCUCCAACGUCAAGCUGGCCGGCCUCAACGCCUUCCACAGGCAGCUGCACGAGCACUUCUCCAGCAGAAGGAACAGUGGUCACCUCAGUCUACAAAAGAUGAAGCAGUUGAAUAUGAAGGUUAGUGACGCCAAGCUGAAGACACUGGAACACCUUGGUCUUGUAGAUCUGGACAAGAAGGGGCAUGUUCGCCUGCUAUGAGGUGGGAAGAACAUGUAACUAAGAGACUGUUAAGAUUCUAGACCCCACUGCAUGGUGGAUAUGUGGUGAAAAUGAUGGACUCUGCCCAUCUCUUCCUUUCUGUCCCUUUAGUAGACAGGAAUGUGAACCUUGUUGAAAGAUUGUGUGUUGAAUUCCAAGUUUGAUACCUACAUAGGUUUAUGUAAUUCCAGCUAGUUGUUUUGAAACAUGAACACCAAGGACAAAAGGAAAUUCAAAUUCCAGACAUGACAACUGUCGGAUCAAGGUUAAAAAGUGUUGUUUGUGGAAGGGCAAUGUUGUAAAUUUGAAAUGCACUAUAUUUUUAUAUCAAGUUUUACUUGAUACUGAGGGUUCUUUUGACUGAUGGGUGAAAAUGCAUUGUGAUACGUUUUCCAUGUGUAAAUGCUGAUGAAGAAAGAUUGAAAUGGCAGAUAUGUAUGCUUGAAUGAUUGUCUUGUCCGACAUGUAUGUCAUGGUCGUCUGUAUUAAAAUUAAAAAAAUGACCGUAGCACAUGA